AUGUCGCUCGAUAAUCCACUCACACUGCUCUAUAAGGAGAUUGACGGGAGCAAGAUCACAACCGAUGUCUAUCUCCCACCGAGCGAUUCAAAGUCUCCACAAAAAUACCCCGUAGUGAUCGAUAUCCAUGGUGGCGCUUUCAUGCUCGGCCAUUCCCGAAUGGUCUCUAUGCCCCAGAUCAAAGAUUGCCUUGAACGUGGCUGGAUCGUUAUCGUUCCCAACCACCGACUUUGUCCGGGCGUGGAUCUCCUUGAAGGUCCAAUGCGAGACAUCCGCGAUCUUCUCGCCUGGGUAUACGACGGUCACCUCGACAUUUACUUAGCAGAAAGGGGAUUCCACCGAGCUGACUUGGAUAAUGUUGCCGUCUUUGGAACAUCAUCAGGCGGAAAUCUGGCUCUUAGUCUUGGUUUCGACGUGCCCAGACCCGCGAAGGCAAUUUUCUCCCUUUAUGGCGCCGUUAAUUUCGCAGAUCCUGCAUGGAAAGCUCCCCUCCCUCAUGUCGCUGCUAUACUUCCUAAUUUGGAUGAGUCAUUUCUCAAGAAGAUCUACGAGGAGGUGCCAAUACCGACAGAUAGCUCUGUUUCUCUAGAAGGACAGACUGAAACGGGGGCUUCGAAAGGACCCGAUUUCUCUCGGCCACGCGAUGCGUUUGCUUUCACGCAAAUUGCAACGGGAAAUGUAAUUUCGGCUAUCUAUCCCUCUGGAGAACCUCAUGGCUCAGACCCGGGUUACGAAAAGGUUGAUCCGGUGAAGAACAUUUCAUCGGAUUUCCCGCCGACGUAUAUUGUUCAUGGAUUGGCUGAUACGAUGGUUCCUAUUGAGAUGAGUCGGGCACUCUUCCAGCAGUUGAAAGAUAAGGGGGUCCCGUCUGGAAUGACUGAGGUCCCUGGGGAGGAACAUACUUUUGCAAUGAAGAUGGAAGUUGGGUCGAAGACUUGGUGGUUACAGCGGGAGGGAUUUGAUUUCUUAGAAAAGUAUAUUGGAAGAGGACCGGUGUGA